AAAGCACCUGUUGCUCCGCAGCUUGAACACACAGGACUUUAAAGACUGUUGAGGAGUUUGUGAACACACUGCUGCUGCUGUUUGGACUUCAAAAACCAGAGGAUGAACAUGGCUUCUGUCAAGACACUCCUUCUACUCUUCAUCAUCAGUGUGGCUCUGCAUGAAAGUUGCGGAUUCCCCUUAUCGGAGCAGGGGGAGCUGCCCGUCCAGGCUCGGCAUCCACCUAGAGUCAGGACCAAACGCUGCUCCUGUAACAGCUGGGAUGAUAAGGAAUGCAUUUACUUCUGCCACCUAGAUAUUAUCUGGGUCAACACACCAAGUAAACUUCUUCCGUACGGCCUUGGAAGUCCCCUUUCUCGCCGGCGCCGCCGUUCAGCAGACCGCUGCGAAUGCACCAACCCAGCCGAUAAAACCUGCUCCGGCUUUUGCCAUAAAAGCUCAGACCAUCCAAGAGGUGAUGUCAUGGAUUCAUCUACAAACGCCUCAGACAAAAACAACAACAAACUGCUGGAAUCCCUCAGAUCUGUGAUCAAAUCCAACACGGCGCUCGCAGAACAGACGCAGUCAUCAAAGAUCACAGUGGGACGACUGAAGACAAGAAGGUAGACGACGAGAGGAAAACUCAAAGCAGCUCAACCUUCACGGGCUCAGCAUCCAUGGACAAGAGGUUUCCUAAAAACAGACUCUUCCAGUUGGACCUGUGAGCCAACGCUGAGGUUUAGAAACAAGUGACUGGAAAAGGUGGUGAAGCUCCAGACGUCUGGUACUUCAUCGACGCAAGAAGCCCAACAAUGACGAGGGGGCAACGACGAGAGGGGGAGAUAGGAAUAUUUUCUUGAACAGUCGGUGAAUGUUUGUUGAACUUCUGAACACACCAAGGAAGGACCCCUCAAAGACAAAGAAACGAACAGUGACGACCGAAAUAGUCGGCGACCUCAUCAAGACGUUAUCUGUGACGUCUUCGGAUCAGAUGUAUAGAUGGUUCUAGAUCCACAGCUUUAGCCCACUGAGGAUAAUGGGAUCGAUCCCUUCUGUAGAGACUCUAUUCAGAUGGGAAAUGUUCGUCUGUGCUUCGUUCAAUAACUCUUCUGUCUUAGUCGACCUUUCUUUGGUUGAAUAUUCCUCUGUAUCAGAGCUGGAAUCUGCUGCUCUGCUUAAUAUUUAGGCCGGGGGUGUCAAUUUAUUUUAGUUAAAGGGGGGCCACAUACAGACUAAUCUAAUCCCAAACAUAAUAAUAGUAAAAUAACCUAUAAAUAAUGACAACUCCAAAUAUUUGUCUUGCAAAAUUACACGAUGAACAUGCUUGUAAUCGCAAACUAUCCCCUGAACAACCACGAAAAACCUAAAAUUUCUUAAGAACAGUUUACGUUACAUCUCACAGAUCACAGUGGAUCUACAAAGGCACAAAACAUUUAGAAACAGGCACGAUAUAGUUAAAAUUAACCUAAUUUUUCUUGAGUAAUUUCAAGUUUUUUGUGAAAGUAUGUAAAGUAUGUAAAUGUAAGUAUUACCAUAAUGUAAAUUUGCUUUUGCAGUUUUUCACAGUUAAACAAAGAGAAAAAUGUAGCGUUGUCAAU